AUGGGGAAACACUUCCACCUGUAUGAGAACGUUUCUAAUGUGAGUCCUUUCGAUGGGCCCCAGUAUUACCUGGCACCUCAAUGGGCUUUUCACCUGCAGACGAUCUUCAUGGGCUGCGUCCUGCUCGCUGGCACUCCUUUAAACUUUGUGGUUCUUCUUGUGGCACUCAAGUACAAGAAGCUCAGAGUCCCUCUCAAUUACAUCCUCGUCAACAUCUGCUUCGCAGGAUUAAUCUUUGUGGUGUUCUCAGUGAGCCAGGUGUUUGUCUCCACCAUGAGGGGUUACUACUUCCUGGGUCCCACACUGUGUGCACUGGAAUCUGCCAUGGGCUCGAUAGCAGGUUUGGUCACGGCGUGGUCUUUGGCUGUUCUCUCUUUUGAAAGAUACCUGGUCAUCUGUAAACCAUUCGGAGCCUUCAAGUUUGGCAGGAAUCAGGCCGCCGGUGCUGUGGCCUUCACCUGGUUCAUGGGGAUCAGCUGUGCCAUCCCACCUUUCUUUGGAUGGAGCAGGUACAUCCCUGAAGGUCUGGGCUGCUCGUGUGGUCCUGAUUGGUACACGCACAACGAGGAGUUUCACUGCAGCAGCUACACAAACUUCUUGAUGGUGACGUGCUUCAUCCUUCCGCUCAGCGUCAUCAUCUUCUCCUACUCUCAGCUGCUGAGCUCCCUGAGAGCUGUCGCAGCUCAGCAGACGGAGUCAGUCUCGACUCAGAAGGCAGAGAAGGAAGUGUCGAGGAUGAUUAUCGUGAUGGUCGGUUCCUUCCUCACCUGUUACGGUCCAUAUGCCCUCGCUGCUCUUUACUUCGCUCACUCUUCAGACACAAACAAAGACUACCGACUCGUCACCAUCCCGGCAUUCUUCUCCAAGAGCUCCUGCGUCUACAACCCGUUGAUCUACGUCUUCAUGAACAAACAGUUUCAAGCCUGUAUCAUGGAAACUGUGUUUGGAAAGAAAAUGGACGAAUCAUCUGAAGUUUCUUCAAAAACUGAGGCAUCUUCAGUUUCCACAGUUAAUUAAUGUUUGAAAAAAUUAGAAGUGAUGUCAGAUGAGAACGAUUUAUAAGAUACAUUUUUGUCAA